AUGCGCGACGACACUUUCAGUCAGACUCAUUUGAAUGCCCGUUUUGCGAUCGACGUUUUGCCCGGAAUGAUACGCUCCGUCAACACGUCCGCACCCAUCACGAGGAUAAAGAGCUUCAACCAGGUCGCACAAUUCGAGCGUGCAAUUACUGCUGCUCGCGAAAGUCCAAAUGUGACGGAAAGGCUCCGUGCGGAGCCUGUGUGCGGCGAGGAAUUGAUUGCUCCUUUGGGAGCUCGAUUCGGGGCCGCCAAGAUCAACAACCUAGUCUCGCCAGCGUUAAUUUAUAUCCAGGUGUUCUUCGAGAAGUUUCACCCCACAUGGCCAUUUCUGCACCGCGCAACCUUCGAUCCGGACCAUGAGCCCGCCCUUCUCUUUCAAUCCGUCAUGAUGAUGGGAUUAUGGUUGACCGGUAAAGAGGAUGCCCGGAUUGCAGCGACGGAUCUGCACUCGAAACUCCUUGUGUCUAUCCAUCAACAGCGAGAUAAAUGGGAAGCACCAAGCCAGCACAACGCAGAACCCCCCUCCUCCUGGCCCAUGGCAACAUAUCAAGGAAUCCUGCUCCAAAUCAUUUUCGCCCUCCUUAAAGGUAAUCAAGGUCUAAACCUGCAGCUAACUCACGAACUCCCCACCCUCCCCUUGCAGCUCCUAAAAGCCCUCGUCCGCACCUGCCUCAAGCGCAAAAUGUUCUUCUACCCCUCGAUUGUCGCCCAGUUCAAAAACACCCUGCCCGACGUUUACAUUUGGGUGGGUGUUGAGGAAGUCAAGCGCUUCGCCCUUUCCCUGUACAAAGUCUGUCGGUCCUGCCGGGUCCCUGACACCGAUGCAUCUUCGCAGGGCCGGAGUUUGCUCUCUCUAGCGGAUUUGCAAUUCGCGCUUCCGGAUAGCGAUGAACUCUGGCAUGCGAGCUCAGACUUGGCCUCGCGGCUGGCGGAGGACCGGAGCGCGUAUCGCGAGAGGAAUUCAGAGGAGAGGUGGAUUAGUCAGACGGCGAGAGUGCUACAGCCUCAUGGGGGGUUUUGUUGGUUCUGA